CUGGACCCUGGAACCACACCGUGGGGGACAGUCAUGUAAACACGUAACGUUAGUAGUGGAUGGCGUUACAGUUAGGGGGGGGCGCUAACGGUUAGUUAGCUGGUACAAGCUAGCUAAGCUAACUAACGUCAGUUUGAUAUCGGCCUGGUUAUGAUAUCAUCAGCCGUUACUCGUCAUUUUCGAAGUCGUGAAAGUUACCUUGUUACGUUGCCCGUAGACUCACGAUGAAUGUACGUGAGUGUUUUCAAACAAAGGAAUUAAAAAGGACGCGCUACGCUGUUAUGACAUUUUAGGGUUCCGUACUCAUACUUAAAGUUAAAUCGCGCCGUGCGGACUACGGCGGUCUCGAAGGUACAAACGGUGUCCGGCGAGGAGCGCGGACGUGCUGCCCUCUUCAGGACGCAGACCGACACCACACCCACUAUGACACGAACGCGCACUAACUGUUUGUUGUGGAAGAAUUUAGCUAACUUGAAAUACAACAUUUUUGAUUUUGAUUUUUUUUUAUUUGUUUGUCAUUUUAUCUGUGUAUCCGACUGCAUUUCCUUCAUUAGAACCGUUCAUUAUAAUUGUAUAGACAACCACAUACAAAUAGAGCGUCUGAUUAUGAGGAAGAAUAAUGAUUGUGCGUUUCUCUCACUACGCACAUGGUCGGCUGCACACCAAAGCAGGGAUCUAGUUUGUCUUGCUCAAGGACACCUCAACAGCGGCAGCAUGGCGGAUGCAACCGGGUAUGGUUGUGUUUGAAGCAUGGUCCAAGCAUAUGCAACAGUGAUUCCAAAAGUGGCCACAACGACACGCUUUGGAAACGAAAAUAAUAGAUAGAUAAUAAUUGUGAUGAUGGAAACCCCAUUUCACGCGCGUGUGUAUGCGUGCGUGUUUCUUUUGCAGAGGGCGGGGGCAGCGCUCCCUCGCGGCGCAACUCGCCUUUCCGUGACGUCAAUUCAGCACUGGAAAGGAGACAGCUCCCUCCUCCUCCUCCUCCCCCUCCCCCCUCCCCCCCAACAACCCAGCGCGCCUCACGUUGCAUGGGACCCCGGUUAUUGAUAACCCAAUUUGCCCGAUGGGAUCCAUCCCAGAAACGUGCACCUCGUGGAUAUAGUGAGUGGAGCCACGGCACGCAGCCCGGACCGAAGAACAACACGCGAUCUGCACGUCUUUCGCCGACAAAAACAAAAAGACGAGCCCACCCCUUCACUUGACAACGGCAUAUCAACCAGGCAGAGAGGCUCACGUCUCACCCUUCCAUCCUCCAUCCCCCCUAACCCGCCGCGUUGGGGAAACCCCUAAUGAGUGGGACCUGUAUCCAUGAGCCCCGUGCCCCUUCCCCCUCCCUGUCAGGCUUCAGCACCCCCAUCUCAGAACCCCCCUAUCGAAGACUCGAUGGAGACACCCCCGCCUGCACCCCCGAAACGGACCUGACCCCCACACAGUGUGUCCUCCGCAACGUGCUGUCCAUCGACACCGGUGGGCCGGGGGCGCCGAGCGGCAGCAGCCCCACCCCCAGCGAUGGAACCUCAGCCCACUUUGAUAACAGCGUGCUGAAGCUACAUGAACAUGAGGCCUGCCAGUGCGGCGGCGCCGAGGCGGGGCACAGUCCAGAGGCUGGUGCCGUGCGCGGCCAGUCGGAGAAUAUUCGGCUCCAGUCGGGAAGUGGAAGUUUUUUGGAGGGACUUUUUGGCUGCCUCAAACCGGUCUGGACCAUGAUUGGAAAGGCCUACUCCACUGAACACAAACACAGCCAUGAAGAGUCCUGGGAGGUUCCUUUUGAGGAAAUCUCCGAUCUGCAGUGGGUGGGCAGCGGGGCACAGGGGGCCGUCUUCCUCGGCAAGUUCCACGGAGACGACGUGGCUGUGAAGAAAGUGCGGGACAUUAAGGAGACCGAGAUCAAACACCUCCGUAAACUCAAGCACCCCAACAUCAUCACUUUCAAGGGCGUGUGCACCCAGGCUCCUUGCUACUGCAUCUUGAUGGAAUACUGUGCCCAAGGACAGCUGUAUGAGGUGCUGAGGGCGGGUCGUAAAAUCACUCCGUCCCUCAUGGUCGACUGGUCCAUGGGCAUUGCAGGUGGCAUGAACUACCUCCACCUCCACAAAAUCAUCCACCGAGACCUCAAGUCCCCCAACAUGCUGAUCACACACGAUGACCUGGUGAAGAUCUCCGACUUUGGCACCUCGAAGGAGCUCAGUGACAAGAGCACCAAGAUGUCCUUCGCCGGCACCGUAGCUUGGAUGGCUCCGGAAGUCAUUCGGAAUGAACCUGUGUCAGAGAAGGUGGACAUCUGGUCCUUCGGAGUGGUGCUGUGGGAGAUGCUAACUGGAGAAGUCCCUUACAAAGACGUGGACUCAUCUGCCAUCAUCUGGGGUGUGGGUAACAACAGCCUCCAGCUCCCCGUACCGGAGAGCUGCCCCGACGGCUUCAAGAUCCUCCUCAGACAGUGCUGGAACUGCAAGCCGAGGAACAGGCCGUCGUUCCGUCAGAUCCUUCUUCACCUGGACAUAGCGUCAGCCGAUGUGCUGUCCACCCCGCAGGAGACGUACUUCAAGUCCCAGGCCGAAUGGCGAGAAGAGGUGAAACAGCACUUUGAGAAGAUUAAAUCUGAGGGCACUUGUAUCCACCGACUCGACGAGGAGUUGAUCAACCGACGCAGAGAGGAGCUCAGGCAUGCUUUGGACAUUCGCGAGCACUACGAGAGGAAGCUGGAGAGGGCGAACAACCUCUACAUGGAGCUCAGCGCGGUCAUGCUGCAGCUGGAGCUCAAAGAGAAAGAGCUGCAGAGGAGAGAGCAGUCGUUGGAUAAAAAGUAUCCAGGUUUUUUCAAGCAUCACAGCUCCCGGCAGGGUAGCUCUUCCAACACCAUGGACAAGCUCAUCAAGAAGAGGAACGUCCCACAGAAGAUGCCCUCGGGAAAGAGGCCGGACAUCCUCAAGUCUGAGAUGAUCAUCCCCAAAAUGGAUUCCUCCGUGAUGCAAGUCACCGUACCAGCCUGCCCCAACCGAAGCUCCACGUCCCCCAGUCGGUCUCGGCGGGUGAAGACCCGCCAUCGCAAGCCCGGGAAGGGCAGCAGCGGGGACCUGGCGGGACUCAAGGCAAAUCAGCCACCCCCCAACAGGGACACAACUGCCCAGGUCAACAGCUGCAACACCUCCAAGCAGCUCCUGGAGCCCUGCAGCCACGAGCAGCAGCAGAGGCAGCUGUCCUCCUCCAGCCCCGACCUCAUCUGCACCACACUGGAGGCCGAGGGGCAGGGGACAGGGGAGCCCUCUGCGGGCGGGCUGGAGAGGGGGGGCAGCCUCAGCGCUUCAGCCGAGUUGGGCGGGUCGGCGGCGGCGGGGGGGGUGGUCGGUCUGGACGACCUGGCGGAAACGCCCCCGCGCAGCGACACGCCGAGCGAGGAUGCUGCGUCGUUCGCCUUCUCCAGCAGCCCGGACUCGCCGUGCGGGAGGGGGGGGGCGGCGGCGGCGGGGGGGCGGGGCUCCCUGGGAUCUCCCCGCCUGCCUCACGACGGGGAGGAUAAAGAGGAGGGGGCCGGCGCUCUGAGGCUGCCCCGCGGGGCGUCCGGGGGGGUAGGGGGUCAGCACCUGACUCCUUCAGCCAUUCUGUACCGGGCAGCUAUCUCACGCAAACAGAGGCGCGGCGUGUCAUCAGAGGAGGAGGAGGGCGAAGUCGACAGCGAGGUUGAGUUGCCACGGAGACGACGUCCGACGAGCAUCACCAAGUGCCAGUCCGUGUCCACCUUCAGCUCGGAGAACCUUUCGGUGUCGGACGGCGAGGAGGGCCACACCACAGACCACUCGCAUAGCGGCACCCCCGACGUGGUCAGCACCAACACGGACGACCGGUUGGACGACCGCAGCGACGACCUCCUCUCGCAGGGGUCGGAGAUCCCGGCGGACAACACCGAUCCGGCGCAGGCCUCCGACGGCCUGUCGGAGAGGGACGCCGCGCCGGGACGGGACGGACCUCCGCCGGACGUCGGGCCGAACGCCAGCGAGAGUCGGGCGCUGUGCGACGACUCUGACUGCGACAGCGCCGAGCUGGAUCAGUCGGGCAGCGGCGAGCCGAGUCGCCCCCCCAGCGUCGGGGCGUGGGCGUCUCCGUCUCAGCCCCCCGCCACAGGACCCCCAUAGAUCCCCCUGGGCCGCUAGCCAGUACCUCCAGCUACUAGUAACGCAGUACGCUUACUGAGGCCACAAGGGACCACACCGACUACACCACUCAGACUAUGACAAGUGGACUUAUGGUGUCUCAUAAGUCUGUUGGCCAGGUGGCAUAGGACAUUUGUCAUAACCUGACGUAAGAUAUUUUGGCAGCUUGUGACAGAUAAAUGUCAUUUAAGUUCAGUAGGGAUUUUUUUUUUUUGGGGGGGGGGGGGGUUUCAGACAAAAUAGUUACCGAGGUAACCUUAGCCACUGCUCCAGUUCAGCAAAAAAAAAUUUAAAAAAACUUCCACAGACGCGCACGCACAAGGUACCACACUUGUUGUCCUUUAAACACUAAUCCUCACUCUGGGAGCAUCCUCCAUGAUACUCCACACUAAUGCAUCAACUACUAAUGAAUAAUAAUGUAAAUAUACAUUACAUACCACAUGGGAAAUAUCUAACUUUAUUUUAUUUGUAAGAUACAAAAGUAAGACUAAGCGGUAUGCAGCCCUGUGAACAAAUGCAUGAAUAUGUGUUUAUAAUUUAUGAUUCGAAUGUGUCAAGUUUUAUAUUUUGUGAAAGUUUACACUUUUUUAAUCCUGAAAGUAUUACUUCCGUUACUUUGUU